AUCCACGGACUAUAUGUUCAUCCCGCGAUUUCUGGAACUGUAAGCAUCGUGUUUUAAGUUUUAAAUAUGAACGACUUUGUACACAUCGAUAUGUUGAACACGGAUUCUUCGCGUCUGUCAGGCGAUCCUGGCUUCAGUGAAUUGUUACGAUCAGCAGAACAAUUAUCUGCCGCUGUCGAAGGUACUGAGGAACUUCCCCAGGUCGAGAGAAAUCUUCGACAAAUAUUAGAAGCCUCGAACGAACUCUGGUCCCGUGUCACGCAGACCGGCACUCAGGAUAAUCAAGUUCAGGCACAUCUUCUGCUGGGAUCACGAGGUGUUGAUUUACCUCAAAUAUCACAAAAAUUAAGUUCACUUAGCGCAAGGCGUACUUUUGAACCUUUAGAUCCUAUUGCAGAUACUGACGUAGUCAGUUAUCUUCGAAAUGAAAAGGAAAAUGCUAUUUUGUCGAUCAUUGAGCAAGUUCACAAAGAUACAUUUGAGCUCACCAGAGUUCAACAAAUGGAGCAUAUGCUGGGUGAAUGGAAGCAAAUGCGCUUUGAGAUAAUUAAUGCUAUGACAGCACCAUCAGGGGAGCUGGUGGAUCUGCGAGGUACCCCUCAGCGCACAAAGCUAGCUGGAUCCAUUGUUAGUGGCUUGUCGAGUGUAGAAGUAGCUUAUGUCAAGGAACUUCAAAAUUACAAUGAUCAUGUGCUCAGAGGAAUAACUAGACCAAGUCUGUUCAAUGCAUUUUGCAAAGCUGCAGAGUCAUUUGAUGAUAAAAAGAUUGUAGACCUCUGGCAAAUGGUAAAGUAUAUGGUGGACAUCCCACCUAUUCCAAGGGAAGAUCAAAUUAAGUCCAGAAGUACUGCUAUUGUCGAAAAAAAGAUUGUAUUACAAGCCAGAAAAUAUUUAGAGAAUAGAUACCGGGAUUUUAUAACUUCGGUUAUUAGCGAAAACUUGGCACAGGCGAAGAGAGGUGGCAUUCCAGGCACUGUGCCAUUAGUGAAAAGUUUUGUAAGCGUCAAAGUACAAAAUCUAAGAGAGCUAGAAGAUGUUAUGGUAGAAGGCAAACCACUGUGGCCUCUAGUUUAUUACUGCAUGAGGGUUGGCGACUACAAAGCUGCACUGCAGUGUCUUAACCAGUGCAAUACAGAGUUCCCAGAGUUCAAAGUCGCUUUGGAAGAAGCGUGCAAUGAUCCAGAGAGACAUCCCAGCAGUUAUGCUGAAUCAAAUCUGAAAUUGCACUAUAGAAAACAUGUUAGAUCAGUUACUGACCCAUAUAAAAGAGUAGCGUACUGCGCACUGGUCCCGUGUGAGCCUGAUGAUUUGCAUUCCGACGUGAUUUGCACAGCAGACGAUUAUUUGUGGCUAAAAUUGUGUCAAGUUAGGGAUCAGCCAGAUGCUGAAAAUAAAUUAACAUUGGAUUACUUGCAAACUACAAUAUCAGAAAUAUAUGGAGAAUCUUAUUACCGCGCACAGGAGCAACCGUUCGUGUACUUCUCAAUGCUGUUUCUGACUGGGCAGUUUGAGGCAGCAAUAGAAUUUCUAGCGAGAGGUGCAGGAGCAAGACAUUUGCCACAUGCGGUGCAUUUAGCGGCUGCUAUGCACGAACACAACUUAUUAGGUGUUAGUCAGAGUGUGCUAGCACCUUUAUUAAGCGUUGAUCCUGCAGAUAAACCACCUGCAAGGAGAUUAAACUUUGCUAGAUUGAUAUUACUUUAUGUUAAGAGAUUCAAUUCCACGGAUCCAAAAGAAUGUUUACAUUAUUUAUUCUUAUUAAGAAACAUGAAGGAUCCACAUGACCGUAAUAUGUUCGCUGCCUCAGCAGCAGAAAUGGUGGUCGAUUCCUCACCGACCAAUAGAACUCAAUUAGUUGGAAAGAUAGACAAAGAUCGUUGGGUGCCAGGAGUUUUAGAUCAAUUCCAAAUCAACACGCAAGACGUGAUAAACAUAAGUGCGGAUACACUGUACAGAAAAGGUCUUUUAGAAGAUGCUGUAACGAUGUAUGAUCUCGCUGGUAAUCAUGAGAAAGUUCUCAGUUUAUUGUGCACACUUCUGGCACAAGUGGUUAGCCAAAGGUCUUCUGCGUUGAGAUCUCGAUUGCAGGUUACUGCUAGUGACAUAAGUACAAGGUAUCAAGGGAUUGAAGUACAAGCGCCAUCAGAAUUAGUCUCAGCAUUUCAUACAUUGAAGCAUCUAAUGGUAUUUUUCGAUCAGUUUCACAAUGAACAGUACCAGAGUGCACUUAGGACCAUCGCAGAGUCCAAGUUGUUACCUUUACACAUAAAAGAGGUCGAUGAAAGAGUGAAUGUUUUGCGUCGCGUGUCGCCAGAAGUGGCUGGCACGUUAGCGGAUGUUCUUUUGGCAACUAUGACGAUACUCUAUCGUCAGUACCAAAAGUUACGAGCUGGUGAGCCAGGAGAUGAAGAAGCGAGGAAGCAACAACUUCUCGAUCUUCGUGAACAAGCUCGUGCGUUAACGAGUUUCGCUGGAACGCUUCCUUAUCGUAUGCCAAAUGAGACCAACAGUAAACUUGUACAAAUGGAAAUACUUAUGUGCUGAUCAUAAAAAAUUCAAUGUGUUUUUCGUUAUUUUAUUUUGGACAGAGUACUUCAAAUAACAUAGUGGGUAGAUUUGUGCAGAUACUGAUCCCGCAAAGCACAAAACCAAUCAGUGUUUUAUUUUAUUCAUGCUUGGAGCAUUGUCGAUGCAGUGUAUAUAUUUUUUGUAUUUUAACUUAAACGAUUAAGAGAUUUGUAAACAAGAAAUUGUAUUGUUUUCUAAGAGUUAAUAACUCAACGUUACGGAACGAAUAUAAUAAAUAUUUGAUAGUUUGUUCCUAUGAUAAAUAUUAUAUAUUUAUCUUGUGGAAUCAUUGUCUUUGGAAUAUGUUUUUAAACACGUAAUGGAUAUUCCAGA